UACAGAAGACAAUUGCCAAUAUACAUUAAAUCAAAGCUAGGCUUUGCUAGGCUGAACCAUUCCAAUACGCGAUUUGAGAGGCAUACAUGAUAACAAAAGGUGGGGGAUUAUCUUGUAGAUAUAAUAAUGCUGAACGAGCUUAACUAACGCCCGACCGUUUUGUGAUACUACUAUGACGAUUCGACCUCAGUGAACUGGACAUCGUAUAAAAUAUGGGAUUGUUAGAUUGUUGUAAGUUAUUAUUCCUCGUACUUUUGUUUAGAGGUGCAAACAGUGAUGGAACCGAUGAUGAAGUUGAGAUGAUAUCACAGUUUAGCCAUGAGAUCGAUAAUUGGCUAAAAUUCGGGAACGAGUCUGAGAGUUUUCAGUAUAUGAUCAACAGUCUGGCUCUUCCAACCAGCUUGCAACGAGAGGAUUGGCGUAGUUUCACUGCUCAAAGGGGCAUGGCUAUAUGUAUAAUAUGCCGAUCUGCCUUGAACAUUUUUAUAGAACAUCGUAGGAAGGGUAUGACAGCGGACGUUAUACGGUCUAAAGCAAUUCAUCUCUGCACUCUAUUGAAUAUUCAGCCCGAACGAGUCUGCGAUGGUGCAGUAACUCUCAACUUGCAAACAAUAUUAUAUAUCAUAGACGCGAAACCGAAUCUAACAGCAUCCACAAUUUGUGGAGUCUUGUUGGAAUCAAAAUCUUGCCCCCUCAUCAAUGACGAGUUCAAUUGGACGAUUAAUAUUGACAGUGGUCCCCCAAAAUUAACUCGUACGGAAGACACAGAUGAAACUAUAGAUAUAGUACAAAUAACGGAUAUUCAUUACGAUCCUAAGUAUGAACCCGAUGGUAAUUCGCAUUGUAACGAGCCGACUUGUUGUCGAAGAGGACAAAAUCGCACAAAUACAAGUGGUAAAAGAGCAGGCUACUGGGGAGAUUAUAACUAUUGCGAUACUCCAUGGCACUCUGUGGUUGAUGCUUUAGAUCACAUCAAAGACACGCACCAAAAUAUCUCUUAUGUUUACUUUACUGGCGAUAUAAUAGACCAUGGCGUUUGGGAAACAACUAUGGAAGGAAAUAUACUGAGCUUGAGCAGCAGUUAUCACCAGAUCUAUAAAACAUUCGGAAGUAUUCCGGUCUAUCCCAUUCUGGGUAAUCAUGAACCACAUCCCCUAAAUUUAUUUGCACCGAAAACUGUUAGUAAUAAUGAAAUAAGCACGCAAUGGUUGUACAAUAUGAUGGCUAAUUUAUGGAUUAAUAAUUUUGGAUGGUUACCAGAAUCUACUCGUUCUACUAUUUUACAAGGCGGAUAUUAUACGGUUUCACCUAAAAAAGGAUUUCGGAUUAUAGUCCUCAACAAUAAUGUAUGUUAUUGUUACAACUGGUGGUUGUGGUAUGAACCGAAAGAUCCUGAUGGUCAGUUGCAAUGGUUAGCAGAUACGCUUCUGCAAGCUGAGAAGGACGCCGAGCUUGUGCACAUAUUGGCGCACAUUCCGCCUGAUAAUGAACAUUGCCAAUCUACAUGGAAAAGAGAAUAUAUUAAAGUCAUUAACAGAUUCGCCCAUGUCAUUAGGGCGCAAUUUAACGGCCACACGCACAAUGAUGAAUUACAAUUAGUCUACAGUAAUAAUAUAACGAAGAUUGUUAAUAUUGCUUGGAACGGAGGCAGUCUAACGGCCUACAAUAAUUUAAAUCCCAACUACAAGCUGUAUACUGUUAACAGCAACAAUUAUGCAGUGAAAGAUUUGGAGAACUGGAUGUACAAUUUGACCCUAGCGAACGAACACGUUACUCAACGGCCACUGUGGUACAAAUCCUACUCAUUUAAAGAAGAAUAUGAUGUGACCGACUUGUCAUACGAUUCGUUACAUACUUGGUUUUCUAGACUAACGCGCGAUGACGAUCUGCUGAGACGUUAUCACAGGCACUUCUUCAAACAUGCCGAACCGUCAUUGAUGAAAGAAUGUAAUGCGAAAUGCCUGAAAGCUUAUUUAUGCCGCAUGAUUGCUAGUCUAGAAGAUCACGCAAGAUUCUGUACCUAAACAUGUCAGUCAAAAAUCGAAAAAUAUUCACAUUUAAUUAAUUUUAAUUGGAAUUUAAUCUGAUUUAAUUCACUGUAACAAUAAUAUUAUACUGUAUUAUUAUACGCAAUAGUGCAGUAAUGUAACGUACAAUGCAAUAAAAAAGUAUUAUGCAGAAAAA